AUGGCUUCAAGACCUGGAUCUCCGUCAGAUCGCCCUCUCUCGCCAAAAACCCCUCCAUCUUCUCCGAUUGCAGGGCCCUCUUGCCCUCCUCCCAGCCCCUCUGAGGGAGCGCCACUUGAGUCAACUCCACUUCUAGAUGGCGCCCAGGACAUUGACAUUUCUGUUCCCCCUUCCACAGCGCCUUCGGUUGUCUCUUCUGCCAGCAUCCGAGUUAUCACCUACCGGCCAUCCGUCCUCGUGCUCAUGCUGGUGGUGCACUACCUCUUUGUGGGCGUCCUGGUCUACAUCGUGUACCGUCUCCUUGGCGGCUUCAACUCCGCUUGCAAAGAUGCUCCUGGAGGUUCUGGCCCAGCUGGGGUCCAAGAUUAA